UCUACUGCAUUAACAGUACUCCAAGGAGCUUAGCAGAGAUGGCUUGGGAUGGAGGACUUGAGCCUAAUGGCACAGAGGGCAAAAACUUCUACAUCCCCUUGAACAACAAGACAGGACUCGUGAGGAAUCCUUUUGAAUAUCCGCAGUAUUAUUUGGCAGAUCCAUGGUUCUUCAAAUUGCUUGCUUUCUAUAUGUUUUUCCUCGUCAUUACUGGAUUCCCCAUCAACUUUCUGACACUGCUGGUCACCGCUCAAAACAAGAAGCUCCGACAACCUCUCAACUUUAUCCUGGUUAAUUUGGCAGUGGCUGGACUGAUCAUGGUCAUGUUUGGAUUCACAGUCACCAUUUAUUCUUGUCUCAAUGGCUAUUUCUCCUUGGGUCCUUUGAGCUGUGCUAUUGAAGGAUUCAUGGCUACAGUUGGAGGUCAGGUAUCUCUUUGGUCUCUUGUAGUUCUCGCUGUUGAGAGAUACAUUGUGGUCUGUAAACCCAUGGGAAGUUUCAAGUUUACAGCUACUCAUGCAGGAGUGGGAUGUGCUUUUACCUGGAUCAUGGCUAUGUCCUGUGCUGCCCCCCCAUUGCUUGGCUGGUCAAGGUACAUUCCUGAGGGAAUUCAGGUUUCCUGUGGACCUGACUACUACACUCUGGCCCCAGGAUACAACAACGAAUCUUAUGUCAUGUACAUGUUCACCUGCCACUUCUGUGUCCCUGUCUUCACCAUCUUCUUUACCUAUGGAAAUUUAGUCUUUACAGUGAAGGCCGCUGCAUCCCAACAGCAGGACUCAGCUUCUACCCAAAAAGCUGAAAAGGAAGUGACACGCAUGUGCAUCCUGAUGGUUUUGGGCUUCCUCUUCGCCUGGACCCCAUAUGCUUCCUUUGCUGCAUGGAUCUUCUUCAACAAGGGAGCUGCAUUCACAGCCACAGCCAUGGCUAUCCCUGCUUUCUUCUCAAAGAGCUCAGCAUUGUUCAACCCCAUCAUCUACAUCCUGAUGAACAAACAGUUUCGUAACUGCAUGCUUUCAACAGUUGGAAUGGGUGGUAUGGUUGAAGAUGAGACCUCAGUAUCAACCAGCAAGACAGAAGUCUCCUCUGUUUCUUAAAAAUAAUACCUACAUAUCUCCAGCCAUACUCCUUCCUGACUUUUCCCUCAUUCUGAAUGACUGUCUUGACAUGGACAUGAGAAAAUGGAUACAAGCUAAUUUUCAUCAUUCGUUAUUAUUGUAUGUGAA